UGUUAAUGAAAAAUAUAAUAAUUUUAAAAAACGAAGCGGUGUAAAAUGUCGUCCAGUGAUAUAAAUAUGCUUGUUGACAUGGGCUUCAGUUUGUCUAAAGCCGAGAAGGCGUUAGAAAUUACUGGAAACAAAGGUGUUGUUCCGGCAAUGGAAUGGCUGUUGGCUCAUACAGAUGAAGCAGAACCAACACCAGAACAGUCUGUAGUUGAAAAUGUACCACUGUCAGUUGCUCAAACACCAGUUCAAGAUGAUAGUACCAGUGCCACUAGUGAAAUAUCUAGUACUGAAGUUGCUAAGUCUAUAAAAUGCAAUAUAUGUGGAAAAUUGUUCAAAUCUAAUUUGGAAGUAGAGUUUCAUGCAACAAAGUCUGGGCAUGAUAGAUUUUCAGAGAGCACAGAAGAAAAGAAGCCCCUUACAGAAGAUGAAAAGAAGGAACAAUUAAGAAUAUUAACAGAAAAGUUAAAGCAGAAGAAUAAAGAAAAAGCAGAACAAGAAAGAAUGGAUACAAUUGUAAGAGAAAAGAAUAGGAUACGAGCUGGAAAGGAAAUGGCUGAAGCUAGGAAAAAGUGGGAGGAAUUAGAAACAAAAAAGAUGUUAGAACAAAGAAGGCAUGAGAAAGAGCAAGAAAAACUAGCACGGGAAAGGGUAAAAGCACAAAUUGAAGCAGACAGAGCUGCUAGACGCGCAAAAGCUGGUGAUGAGCAGCCAGUGAUUAAGCAAACUCCACCUGAGCCUUCAUCCUCGACUACACAUACUAAAAAAAACUAUAGCGAAACAAGGCUACAGAUUAGACUCACCAAUGGGACAUCAUUAACACAAACUUUUGGAAGUAAAGAACAGUUGUCUGCUGUUAGAUUGUUUGUUGAAAUGAACAGGACAGACGGGUCAGGGCCGUUUAACUUAAUGACAAGCUUUCCAAAGAAAAUUUUUACAAAAGAUGACUAUGAUACCCCACUAGAUGUUUUAGGUCUAGUACCAUCUUCAGUUAUAAUUGUUAAGAGUGCAGUGCAGGAAUCCGCAUAAACAUCUGCAUACGAAUAUAUACUCAUACAAAUAUAUACAGCCUAUGAGCUAACACAUCAACGUACAAUGUCCAGGAAAUUGUUCAGCGCGAAAGCAGCAUUUUUAAGCCUAAAUAUUUUCCGUUUGUAAUUUAUAAGCAGUACAAUUUUACCAGACAUUUAUUAUUCGAG